AUGGAGAAUACUGAAGAGGACACAUUACUUGUGGAAGGGAGUGGCGAACCGGAGUACAACACCUAUCAGUUGGUGUGGAUACAACCUGAUGGUACCGGGGUUAGACAAACUGUUUUUGAAAAGUCCUAUGCAGGUGCGCCAUCGGUCUACGCUUCCCACAGAGCAGGGAAUAAAAUCCUUCAGGAUGGUUCCACAGGGCCAAGUCAUUCUUAUCAGGAUGCACCCAGUGUUGAUAAGGUGCAGGAGUCAUAUCCUAGAGAUGAUGACAACACGACACAAAGGCAUCACUUAACACGACAGCAUUCUGAAACAUGCACGUCUUGUGGAGCUUUAUAUCGAGAUAUAUCCAUGUCGAUUGACUCAGAGUCUGAUGUCUCUGACAGUGAAAGCACACAUGGGCGGUCUAUGAUUGUUCGGCAGUUCAGUACUGAUUCCAAGACUGAUGCAAUGACAGCCGUCGAACCGAGUCCCCUGAAUAGAAGGAAUUUCAGUUCCUAUUCAAGGGAACAGUUCUAUGGAGGUAAUGCAUUUUCAAAAUCAGCUUCUGAACAAUGGACAUUGGAACAUGAACCGCAUAUAGCCAACACAAAAGAAACACGAAGACAAGGCAGUGGCGCUCUGACAAUUAUACAGGACAUCCAUCCUGGCCCUAUACCAGUGCAGCAAUCAGACAAGGAAGCAUGGACUAGAACAGUUGUAACUAAAGGUCCCUCAGAAGUGACGCUGAGCAAGGACCAGGAAACAGACAGUAGAGUAAGAUCUGAAAACGUAUGUAUGCCUCAUGGAGCUAGUGUAGUAAAGGAGGCAACUGCUGUUGACAAUGACGGACUCCCCGGACAAACAAGAGUCAGUGAGUACAGGCGGAUAGAUGGACCCGGACAGGUGACAGUAACACGUCGUGGGCAAGGUUUUCCAGGGAGGGACCAACUGCACGGGAAGUACGGUGUGCGUGGACCUCUCGUAAGACAUCCGAGUCUUGAGAAAAGGGUACCUAGCAAUGUUUUCAGGACUGGUAGCCUUCAUGUGGCUGAUGAACCUGAUGGGAGUCGCGUUUGUUUGGUUGAUAAUGUGAUACGUGAUGGAGGAGAUGGAACUCAUGGAAACAUGACACCCAAUAGGAUUGAAACAAAGUUGGUUAAACUGACUCAUGGAACACAGGGCCGAUAUCAAGAUGGGACAUUACCAGGAAUAGAUGGCCAAAUACAAGAGGAAAAGUUGUUAGCAUUCAGUCCAGAGAGGAAAACACCAAAUACAUUUUCUGCAAAUGGACCGAAGGCAAAUGUAGGAAAGCCAGUUCUGGAAUUCCACAGCACAAGACUGACCACUCCUUAUACUGACCAUACAACUCCUUAUCAGCACAGGCAGGUACAUGGAUCAGACGAAGUGACAUUGGCCGAUGAUGACAGAUCCUACGGGGCUGAUUUGGAGAGAGAUAAGAAACCAUCCAGACCGAGUGACAUUGCAUUUACAGAAAGAACAACAACUUGUGAUGCUGGAAGUUUCCACAAACAAAUACACAGGCCUGGUGGUGAGACACUGACUGCAGGACAGCGGUACACUGUGCCAAUGGCAGCUCCUGUGAAGCAAGAAGAUGGACCAAAUAAGCCUGCAUUGUCUUAUGAUGGGCCAACCGACUAUGUGAUUACCAAGACUUCAUACAAAGUGCCAUUGGAUGGUGAAGCAGCAUUGACAGGCAUCAGGCCGUCGUAUGAAGCAGUGAGCAGUUACAGAGAAUUGCCUGGGGAGGUUAGUGAAGCAACACUAAAAGACACCAGAUCACCACAUGAAGCAGUGAGUGUAUAUAGAGAAUUGCCUGGGGUGGUUAGUGAAGCAACACUAAAAGACACCAGAUCACCACAUGAAGCAGUGAGUGUAUAUAGAGAAUUGCCUGGGGUGGUUAGUGAAGCAACACUAAAAGACACCAGAUCACCACAUGAAGCAGUGAGCGGAUACAGAGAAUUGCCUGCAGAGUUUACCGAGGCAACACGUAAAAACUUCAGACCACCACAUGAAGCAGUAAGCGGAUACAGAGAAUUGCCUGCAGCGGUGACCGAAGCAACAUGUAAAGACAUCAGAUCACCACAUGAAGCAGUGGACGGAUACAGAGAAUUGCCUGGGGUGGUUAGUGAAGCAAGACCGAAAGACUUUAGGCCAACACAUGAUGCAGUGAGCAGAUACAAAGAACUUCCUGGGGUGGUUAGUGAAGCAAGACCGAAAGACUUUAGGCCAACACAUGAUGCAGUGAGCAGAUACAAAGAACUGCCUGGGGAGGUUAGUGAAGCAACACGUAAAGACAUCAGAUCACCACAUGAAGCAGUGGACGGAUACAGAGAAUUGCCUGGGGGGGUUAGUGAAGCAAGACCGAAAGACUUUAGGCCAACACAUGAUGCAGUGAGCAGAUACAAAGAACUGCCUGGGGAGGUUAGUGAAGCAACACGUAAAGACAGAUCACCACAUGAUGCAGUGACCGGAUACAGAGAAUUGCCUGGGGAGAGAGAUAUAACAAUUAAACAGAUUGAUGAAGAAGAUCAACUUGGCAGAGUAACAUUAAGUGAUGGAAAGGAAGUAGUUGAACCAAGCUUUCAGGAAUACAAUGACAAUGGUGUGGUGUAUGAAGAUGUCAGGUACAGAUAUAUACACAGUCCUGCCCAAGAAACUUUAUCACCCGUUGAGCAUCAACAAGUACCAGAGAGAUUAAGUACACAAGUUAUCAAGCAAAUAACACGACCGACUGAUCAAGCAUUACUUUUCAAGAUUCCAUCAGUUGAUCUACCAAGUGGCCAUAGCUAUAUACCAGGACGAAAUGUUGUAAAGAUGAACAAUCAAGAUCAACCAACAGACAGAGUAGUGGGGGGACCUGACAGGCUCAUGCAUGAGCCCAUUGAUGCAGCAUUCGGUACCGAAAGAACACAUGAUGCAGAAAACCAAGUACAUGAAGACAAUGUUGUAACGUCUAGGAAUGUUGACAGAAGUGAGCCUGUCCAAGAACGAUAUGAUCAUCCUGACCAUGCAGUCACUGACAACAUACUGGCGCAGGAUGCACGGAAUGAAUACACAUAUGUUCAAGGACCAAGGCGGAUAAUAUUAGAUCCAGGUAAUCAAGAACAGCCGGAACGACCUGCCAUGAAUGGACAUAAAUACAUACAUGAACCCAAUUUAGUACCUCGAGGAAAUCAAUAUAGGCAAAAGCCAAUAGUAGAGUUGACCGUUUGCAAGAAAAUAGAUGACGCAAAGAUGACAGGAGUGGAUGAUGACAGAUCACUUGAUGUAGAAAAUAAACAAAAAACAAUAGAUAAAGUAAAUAUUGUAACUACAUCUAGGAACGUGGUACCCAGUAAGCCCGUACAAGGACCCGACGAUCAACCUGUCACAGUAGACGGGACGCCACACGAUAUACAUUUUCAAGGACACUCACAAGCAAUGAUAAAUCCAGGUUGCCAAGAACAGCUGAACAGAGAAAAGGAAAUACAGGGACCCUGUGACCUACAAUUGGCUGUUGAGAGGCCAGACGAUGACCUAGUAAUUGAAUACAGGCAGUUACCAGGACACAAACAAGUGCCAACAAUACAGGCCAAUCGAGGACAACACUUGGAGAGGAUAGCAUCGUUAGAUAGAAACCAGACCAAAGGACAAAGGAGAGUAUCUUUUUCGGAUGACAGGGUUGCACUAAGGAGUACGGAAACGCCUGCAUCGAUUGUCCAAGAUAGAGAAGCACAUAAAUACCCAGAGGCAGUACACCACUUGAUAAAAACAGAAAUACAACAUAUUUCCCCAAGAGAAGAAGAUUACCCAAGAACUUUGGUGAAAGAAGACGAGAGGGAUAUUAACCAGCAGCUUCAUACAGAUGGCAGAUGUACUACUACUGACAUAACCCAUAAAUCGAUACCUCGGGACCUAUCACAUGAGCACCUCAUAACAACAAAGGGAUACCCUGUCAUCAGCAGUACAAUUGCUCCAUCGACUAAACAUUUAGUAUCACCAGCUGGUGAACAGGUAUACAUAGAAGAAACACCAUUAGCCAGACUACAACAGCAAUACAGAUCGAGCUCAAAUAUCAUUAUCAAUAAGAACGACUUUAGUGCAAAUGAGGCUCCCUCUCCUGUGUCUGAAGGUGUCAUACAACCGUCAAACUUAAAUAGGAAUCCAGAAAUCAGCUUUGGAAGGUUACCAUCAGAUUUGACUGCCAGUUUCAUCGAGAUGUCCAUAUUGUAUAUUGACCACAAGGAAACUUUCCUUGAGAACACUCAGCGUGCGUACAUCAGUGAAGGCAGGUAUACAUUUGGUUCAGUAAAGCUACCGUUAAUUGAGAUAGAUGAGGCGAUCAAUGGUCCAGACACGACUGUCACGCAGCUUGUGCCUGUGGAGGAGGAAAGUGCCCAGCAAGAAAGCAAAUUAUGCCGACAUAGUCCACCGAAAGUUACGUAUAUACAUAACAAUCCUGACGAAAACGUUAAUGGUAUCCAAAGCAGUGAAUGGUCCAACCAGACUGCCAUUGUUCCUGCAGCUGAUCGUAUAGAGUCCCAAGGGUGUAAUGGUGGUGGAGUGUCCAUAAGUGAUGAAUCAACUCUGCAGGGUCCACUGAUCUGCAGGGCAAAUACACAUCCAAAUGCUCAGGUCGUUGAUGAAGGUCUCCAAAGCAGUGAAUGGUCUAACACAGUGGCCAGUGCCCCAUCACCUGGGCAUGUGGAUUCUGAGCAUAACGAUGAUCAUCGUAUGCCAAUUUAUGAAGAAACAUCUCUGCAGAUCCGGACACGCAACAAUACAGAUGGUGUUGACACGAGUCUGUCAAGCAGUGAUUCAUCACCUGCACAUGUCAACUCUCCGCAUCAUGGAGAUGGUAAAAUGCCAAUUUAUGAAGAAACCUCGUUGCAGAUCAAAACAUGCAGCAACACAGAUGAUGUUGAUACCAGUUUGCCAAGCAGUGAGUGGGCCAGCCAAACGUCAACAGCUCCAUCAGCUGGACAUAUGAACUCUCAGCCGUGUGGCUAUGGUGGCAUGCCAGUAUAUAAAGAAACAUUUCCUCGUUACAGCAAGACCAGGGAUGAAGGUAAUAAGACAAGUCAAAGCAGUGACUGGUCAGACAAAUCAGUCAAUGAUCCAUCUGCUGGCCUCAUGAUGUCUCCGUACUAUGGCUCUGGUGGAAUGUCGACAAAUGAUGGAUCAGAACAACAGCGGAUUGUCUUUGAUUCGUCAUCAGACAAAACAAGAGGGAACACACAAGAUGUGAUAAUACCUGUAAACACUAGAGUGUUGCACUCAAGGAGACCUUACCAGUGGCACAGGAUGCCAGUUGAGAUAAGACAGGGAGAUGGGAGUCUCCCCUGUCAUGUGUGCCAGAGUCUGCUCCCCCUCCUUGACAGGAUCAACUGCCAGCUGAGAGAACUUGAGUCCCAGGAACCUCUGCCUAAUGAAGAUGGAGGCUUGCAAAGAGAUAUGGACAGGGUAUUUGAGUCACUCUAUGCUGCCAUCGACCAGAGAGAAGAAGAACUGCUGGCAUCAUUUGGUGACCAUUCCCCUCAUUCUGGAAGGGGAGAUACUGACCUUGCUUCUUUGCUAGCUCAUCUUGAGAACACAAAGUCUUACUGUGAUAAGACUCUUGUCUACACAACAAAACCCGAGCUACUUAGUUUGACUGGGAUGAUUCACACACGAGCCGAGGAGCUCCUGAGUCAAGACAUCGCCGAUCCAGUUCCUCCUAGUGAUGUCAUGUUUCGAGAUGAUGGCCUACCUGACCUGGUUCAAGAAAUUGAGAAUUUUGGGAAGGUUUUCAAUGAGAAGGAUGUUGAUGCUGCAGUCAAGGACAAAACAUUUCCAAAAGAGCAUAAACUCUCCGAGAGUGAUAUCAUUUUAGAGCAGAGACGGUCUUCUCUACAGUCCAUGCCGCCAAUGCGUAGAGCAUCAAUGCCUCAAGAAGACGGACGAGAUUUUAAUUCCAUGCCUCAGAAUACAAUGUUAGAUCCAAACACUCAGUCAGUGCCCCCAAGGAGAGGUAGCAGAGAUGUUGAUUUUAAUGGUUAUACAGGGGGAAAGGAUGUUGAAGGAUUGCCUCCCCAUGAUCCAUACAGUAGAGAUGGCCUGAACGGUCCAGACAGAAGAGGCCAGGGAGGGUACCCAUACCAACAAAAUAAUCCUGUCCAGAGUCCAGAUGACAGGCGUUACGAUCAUCGAGGGAAUCAAUAUGACCCUCAAACCAGGGUUGCAGGCCCCAUCUAUCAGAAUCCCGUUGAUAGAAGGUACGAACCUAGCGGAAACCCGUAUGAUCCAGAAAACAGAAAUGCUGACCCAAUGUACCAGAAUCCGGAUGACGGAAGAUACGACGCUAGAGAAAACCCACAUGGCCCACAGACCAGAGAUACAGCUAAUGGUAGUCCAGGAAACUAUCCCCAGGGGCAGAUGCCUCACAGUAGAUAUCCGAAUGAUCGAAAUCAACCGAAUGAUGGACCUCUGGACUGCGAUGUGAUCACACCAGUUCAAGCACCACAACAACGAUCUGCGCCAGAUUCAUACGAUGAAGCUCCACGGCUAGAUCCAACAGAAGACCGACCUGCACCAAAUGAAGCUGGCAUGUUCCCGGGAUCGUCUGCACUGGCAGUUUACGUCCAUGCCCAUCACCAGAAACUGAGAGAGAAUGAUGAUGAUCCUGUCACAAAAGACACUAUGAUAUACAGCAUUACACCAGAGCCAGAUUCGGAUCGUGACGCUGUUCUCUCAGUCUCCCCUAAGUUGUUCCAGCCUGAACACACAAUCAAGUGCGUAUACAUGGAGUUUGACAAAGGAACCGUCUACGAGGAGAAUCACGUUACACACGAUGGGAAACUGGUCAACGAUCCCCCCAACCUGCCAUCACCAAAUGCCAGCUGGAGAUUCAAGAACUACAAAGGAGCUUUGUCCACUCGUCCUCUAGACGGCACAGGGAUGUCCUACUUGGAGUUUUGGACCGACAUUGAGAUCAAGCAGAUCCAUGGAGGAAGAAGCCUCAUCUUUGAAGCUGCUGUUGCAGACAGGGACGUCAUAGAUCUCCACCACAAGGCCGAGGACCAGGGUCAUGCAUGGGGAGUCUCACUGUCUAACUGCCCAGAACAUGACGGCCUGUGCCGCAGAACCUGGGGAGCUGGGCAGAGUCUGAAACACUACCCACACACUCUGCCCAAUCAACCAGACUCCAAGGCUCGACUCCGGUUCGGCUUUUUCAUCAUGCAGAAGCAGAAGAAGCUGGUGGUGAUCGAUUGCAACGAGGAGAAGGUUCUUCUUACAGCUGAUAACAUCAAGAUCUCUCGCCCUCUCUGGCCAGUGUUUGGCGUCUACAACACUGACUUGUCCCAUGUGGAAACAGCGCUCGUGAGCGGCACGAAUCUGAAGAUGGACAGGAAUAUCGCCUGGCUGAUUCUCCAGAAUAUCUAGAUGGUGCAAUGCCGUCAGUAUGGACUGGUUCUUUGAUGUGAACUUUCGACAUAUUUCUGAAACAUUUGCCGUAUCAUAGGGUUUAGUGGUUGCAGUUAGGUCAUUUACACCUUAGCUAAUUGAUGUAGGUGUAGCAUGUAUGUAAUAAAGAUUAGAUAAGUUUAAGUUAUGUUGCGUCGUUUAAUACUAUACUUGCCUGUAAAUCAUAAGCUCUUUACAUGCAUUGAUUUAGAUAGGAAUAUAUUUUUGGUAGGAUUUGACCCGUGUCGAAAUGUCGUCAUACGCCAGACUGGUUGGCAGAGUGUAACUAGAUAUUUUCGUGGUUAUUUUGAUUAAUUUCAUUAGAGAAAGCAAGUCAAGUAUUUGGCAUGUAAUACGCUGUUCAGAUUAUCACGAGGGUUACUGGAAAGCUUUUUUGGCCUCUUUAGGUUAUGAUGGAAUUGUUAGAUAGACAUUUUUGUCGAUGUUAAGUAGAUUUAGUGGUUACAAAAAGGAUGAUAUUAAAUGUACGAAAAUAUAAUCAAUGACGAGAAACAUAAGCUUAAAUGUAAUUUUCAGAAACCAUUGCUGAAUAAUGUAAUUUGUAUUAUGCCUCGAAGAAAGUUGUAAACUUGUAUUACUUAACAACCUCCGUCUCUCAUUUCAGGGAUGCGUCGUUUGUUUCUGCCGCGCUGUUUUUGAGUGUCCUUAGGUGUUACGAUAUUGAUAGCUUUGCCACUUUAGUAGGAUAGUUUUAUCCAUGAACUGUGAUAUUGUUAUUGCUUUACGGUGAAUAAAGGGAAUAAAAGUCAA